AUGGCUGAUGACGCACCGCGGUCUAUGUCCAUCGUCCCAUAUUCUUCGAAUCGACACGUCGUUCUACGCCAUAAUGAUUCGGUGGUUGUGCUCGACCGUGACUCUCAACAACUAGUUCUCCGCAAUGCGAACACCAGCAACAAUGGAGACCUCGAUUUCGACCUACCAGACUGCCCCUACUGCCAUCGUCCCAUGCGCGGUCGGGACAAUGAACCUGAAGUACACCGAGGACGCAGCGGUGGCCCCGAGCAUCACGAUUUCGUGACGCCAGAAUACUUCCGUCUCCUUCAUGAUAGUAUACCCAACUCCAAGGCAUCGACGCCACCACCACCUCUAUCACCGCGUCUACGCCUUGCGCAGCCAGCGUUGACAGAUGGUACGAUCGGUUCCUCUUCACCAUACGUAGAACCAGCCCCUCAAUCUCCGCAGGGUAUAUCGUCGACGGCGUUCAGUCAGGGAUAUUUCAAGAAGUUCUUUGUCGAGGAAGCAGAGUUGGGUCGUGGCGGGAAGGGKGUCGUACUAUUGGUAAAGCACAUGCUCGAUGGCGUUUCGCUGGGUCAAUUUGCUUGCAAACGCGUGCCCGUGGGCGACGAUCAUGAAUGGCUGGAAAAGGUUUUGAUAGAGGUGCAACUGUUGCAGCAUCUGUCACACCAGAAUUUAGUCUCGUAUCGACACGUUUGGUUGGAGGAUUACAAGAUCAGCACGUUUGGUCCAAGUGUGCCCUGCGCAUUCAUUUUGCAACAGUAUUGCAAUGCUGGAGAUCUCCACAAAUAUGUGGUGGGAAAUGCUCCGACUUUGACCACUGCGCAGCAAUUGAAGGAGCGACUUCGUCGCAGGUCUAAAGGCCAGCCUGAGACGCCAGAUCUUUCAAGCCUGAGAAAACUUCAGUUUGAAGAAAUAUACUCUUUCUUUAAGGAUAUAACAUCUGGGAUACGUUUUCUACAUGCCAAUGGGUUCAUUCAUCGCGACCUCAAACCGAGUAACUGUCUACUGCAUGAUUCGGGCCAGGAAUUGAGGGUACUUGUCAGUGACUUUGGAGAAGUGCAAUAUGAGAAUACAGUACGCAAAUCAACAGGUACAACAGGAACUAUUUCAUACUGCGCCCCUGAAGUAUUACAAAGGGUAUCUCCCAAUGGCCCGUUCGUGAAUUUUACUUUCAAGUCAGACGUCUUUGCCCUCGGAAUGAUCCUACACUUCCUAUGUUUUGCGCAACUCCCAUAUCGCAGUGCGGAUCUCAUGGAGGAGAAAGAGGAUAUUGACGAGCUUCGAGCUGAAAUCAGUGGCUGGAAAGGGUUCGAUGAUUCACUUAAGCGGCUUCGACCGGACUUGCCAGACAAGCUUUACACCAUCCUACAGCGACUGUUAUCUAUCGACCCUGCUUACAGGCCUACUGCAGAUGAAGUUCUGGUCAGUAUUCAAGCAGGUGUCACAGGCAACGAGAGCCGCCGGUUUGGUCGUGCAAGCUCCACUGGGACUGAUUUUAGUCAACGCAUACAGCCUAUCGAAUCUCCCGCGCCUAACAGUCCUCGACCAUCUCGCUCCCCAGUCAAAAAUUCGUCACGAUCAACUGGACCACUAGCUGUUCGAUCACCAACCAGGACAGUCACCAUCACCGAUCACCGAGUAGUCAGGACCAUGACGUCAUACUUCGUCCUCGAUUCAGAAGCACACCAUCCACACCUCCACAGCCUAUAG